AAUCUCACAAUUGUAAACGCUUAAGCGAUCCCCAAAGCCAGAAGACACAUACAGUACUCUCUUCCGUCUUCGUCGCCGCCCCCGCCGCUAGUCUCGUCGAGCAGUAGGAGCAAAAUGGGUUGGAAAGCUGCUGAGAAACUCAUCAGACACUGGAAGAUACUUCGAGGGGAUAAUGUGAUGAUCAUUCGUGGCAAAGAUAAGGGUGAGACUGGAGCCAUCAAGCGUGUCAUCCGUUCCCAAAACCGUGUUAUUGUUGAAGGCAAGAAUCUGAUCAAGAAGCAUAUAAAGGGAGGCCCUGAUCAUGAAGGUGGAAUUUUCACGGUAGAGGCUCCUCUACACGCCUCUAAUGUCCAAGUUGUUGAUCCACUCACUGGGAGGCCUUGUAAGGUUGGUGUAAAGUACUUAGAGGAUGGAACUAAAGUAAGAGUAGCUAGAGGCACUGGCACAUCUGGUUCGAUUAUUCCUCGCCCUGAGAUUCUUAAGAUUAGGGCUACACCAAGACCCACUACUGCUGGUCCUAAGGACACACCAAUGGAGUUUGUAUGGGAGCAAACAUAUGAUGCUAAAACAGGAAAGGGCAUGCCUGAUCUUUGAGUAACAACCUCUUUACCCAAAAAUGUUGCUGCUCCCAACAGAUUCUUCUUUCUUUUUUUUCCCAUCCAGUAGAAUUUAGUUUUAUCAAGAGCUAUGAGAUGAAGUGAGGUUUUGUUGAAGAGAAGAUCCUGACUGAAACAGAGUCGUUUUUGUUAUAUUAUUGAUCCUGUGAAGUGUGAACUAUUCAAGGUGCCAAAUAAAAUCCAUUGGGAAAAAGGUGUGUCUACUACGUAUGAUUGAUAAAAAUAUUCCACUAGUUACAUUUUUUUUGUUAUUGUAUUUACAAAACAUAAAACAAAAGCGAUAAGUAUGAUAAUGUUGGUUCUAUUAA